CUUUUAUUCGGACGUACUUUUACAUUCUCAAAAUGCCACUGAGAGUAGCGGAAGAUGGAAAAAUCAUGGUCGGUGUCGACUUCGGCACGACCUACACUGGGGUAUCCUACUCCUUGAGGAGCCUUGAAGUGCGAGGAGGGGAAGAUAAUGAUCACCUCAUUGAUGAGUGGCCCGCUGCCAAUUCCAGGGAAAUAACUGCAAGUAAAGUCCCCACGAUCGUCCAGUACGAGCAUAAAACCGUGAGAGGUAUCAAGACACUAGAGGCGACCCGGUGGGGGGCCCAGGUACUGGCGAGCAAGGAAAACUGUUCAUCUCUUUUCAAACCGUUGCUUGAACCUAACUUUGAUCGAGAUCAUGAUCCUUAUGCGUUUUGGAAUUCCACAGUCGGUCACGGGGGUUUUUUCUUACCGGAAGCCAAGGAGCCCUCCGAUGUUAUAAAAGACUACCUGGAUUGUGUCUGGAAGUAUUCAAGCAAAACUAUUUUCAAAAAUACCCGCCAAGGGCCUUCCUAUCACCCGGUACACUACACUAUCACUGUACCGGGAAUCUGGGCAAGGGAAACCCGCAAGGCGCUGGAACGGAUCGUCAAGGAUGCCGGGCUAGCAACGAAAACAAAUGACAUACUGACUAUGAUUCCGGAGCCCAUAGCGGCAGCAGUGGAUAUCUUUAGGAAAAAGGCGGAUACAUUCCAGGGUGACGUCGUCAUGCUCGUAUGUGAUAUUGGCGGAGGAACUAUCGAUGUAGGAUCGGUCUUCAUCCGUCAAACUGAGUUUGGCCGCUAUAUUCGGCAGCUCGAGCCAACCCGAGGGGACCUUGGCAUGUUAUCAGUGGAGGCGGCUUUCUACAGAACAAUGUAUGAGAGGUUUAAGGACACAUUCAAAAAUCAGAACACGGAGUCCAUAGGUCCAAGUAGUGCCUUGAUUCGCGAGUUCCGGGAUUGCUUUGAGAGAUUCGCCCCCGAAAACCUAGAGGAGCACGGCUGGGAAUGCCGUUUGCCGUUCUGGUCACUACUAUCGUCUAAUAACCCGGACUUUUACGACCGUCGCCGGAAGGAAAUAUUCCUGUCCGCUCGAGACAUACAAGCGUUUCUCGACCCUGUCAUUGAUAUGGCGGUAAGUCUGAUCAGCGAACAGCACCAUGCUGUAGCCACAGCCGGCUUUGGUGGUAAAAAGCAGCAUGUUUACUUGGGCGGAGGUGGGGCAGAAAAUGCCUACAUCUUACGGUCAGUCAAGCGGAGGAUAAAGGAUAAACAUGCGCUAGAUGUCUACACUCCUGACAAGCCGCAACUAGCCGUCGUCAAUGGAGCCGGAGUUUACGGCCUCGAUGACGUGCUAUCUAUCCACAAAUGUCCCCAGCAUAUCGGGUUUGAAUGUGCCCAGCAGUAUGACGCAGACAGACAUGGUCAGCCACGACCGGAGGUCCUUACACGAGACCCUGUGGACGGUAGAAACAUGGUUACCGGGGCGGCGAUCUGGGUGUUCGAUAUGGGGAGGACAUAUCAUGACGGUGCAGUGGAAACAGAAAAUGUUACGGAAUACUUUCUUGACAGCGAAUUUGGAGACCGCCAUAAGAACAUAUUUGUGUCAAGGGAUCCACGGCCACCGGCUUUUGUGACAGAUUUGGAACCUCUUACUGCCAUCGAGAUUCGGUUUAGACAAGUCCCUGCAGGGAAAACUGAAGUCAGGGUAGUUGGUGGUCGGAGGCAGGUACGAAUUCGUUACGAUAUUUCCACGACGUUUUUCCCUGUCGACAACAAGAUUGAAUUUGUGGCAAAGGUAUGCAAUCAAGUCAUUGGACGUCAGGAGAUCAGCAUGCCCUUUCACUGA